UGGGCAGACCUUGUUGCUUUUAUUUAGGAGCUUGGCUUGUAUAAUGUGCCUUAUUUAUUAACAUUACUGUUUGUUUGUUUUUCCAUGCAAAAUCCAAGGUGCUGCGUUUCAUUUUGAAAGCCUUAAAUGGACUAAAUGGGAUGCUUUGGGGAGAGCCUCCUUUUCCAUUUACCCUUCCUGUGAAGAUCCUCAAGAAUCAUCAGCUUCCAAUACAACUUUGAUUUUCAGAUGAACUGCUGCAAGGAGCUAAUACAAGUGAGCUGUGUCAUAGAAGAUGAGUGGUAAAAGAGAUCUGAGAUGCAACGGUGUUCCUGCUUAGUUCUAAGCUUUUCCUCAGAUUUACUUACUGCUUUACUGUCCUCACACCUGGGGACCCAUAUCUUUGUAUUCAAAUGGAAAAGUAUGAAAUCCUUGGCCUUGUGGGUGAAGGAAGUUAUGGAAUGGUGAUGAAGUGCAGGAACAAGGAAAACGGCAGGGUGGUUGCCAUCAAGAAAUUUUUGGAAAGUGAGGAUGAUAAGAUGGUUAAAAAAAUUGCCAUGAGGGAAAUUAAGCUUCUCAAGCAAUUAAGGCAUGAGAACUUGGUGAACCUGCUGGAAGUCUGUAAAAAGAAAAAACGAUGGUACCUAGUGUUUGAGUUUGUGGACCACACAGUCCUUGAUGAUCUUGAGAUGUUUCCCAAUGGCCUGGAUUAUAAUAGAGUUCGAAAAUACUUAUUUCAGAUUAUAAAGGGGAUAGGAUUUUGUCAUAGUCAUAAUAUCAUACACAGAGAUAUUAAGCCUGAGAAUAUACUGGUCUCCUAUUCGGGAAUUAUCAAACUCUGUGACUUUGGUUUUGCUCGAACACUGGCGGCCCCUGGCGAAGCCUACACCGAUUAUGUAGCAACAAGGUGGUAUCGAGCCCCUGAGCUGUUGGUUGGAGAUAUUAAAUAUGGCAAGGCUGUUGAUGUGUGGGCCAUUGGCUGCCUGGUUACAGAAAUGCUUACAGGAGAGCCCCUUUUCCCUGGAGACUCUGAUAUUGACCAAUUGUACCAUAUUAUGAAAAGUAUGGGUAACUUAAUCCCAAGGCACCAAGAAUUAUUCUAUAAAAAUCCUCUCUUUGCUGGAGUGAGAUUACCUGAAGUCAAGGAGCUUGAACCUCUUGAAAAACGAUAUCCAAAGCUCUCUGUGGCGGUCAUAGAAUUUGCUAAGCGGUGUCUGCAGACUGAUCCAGACAAACGGCCAUCUUGUGCUGAGCUGUUACAGUGUGAUUUGUUCAACAGAGAUAAUUUUGCUGAAAGAUUUGCUCAAGAACUUAAAGCCAAGAUUCAGAAAGAAAGAGACCACCCUUUGCCCAAGAAAACAAAAAUAAGCAGGAAAGAUAAAGAUGAUUCUGGUGAUGAAAGAAAAAUGCUUUUAAUCCAGGACUUCAGUGUCGAUUCAAAGAUGAAAGACUCCAAGCUGUUCAGAAUGAAAUUGUCCAAGGCUGAUAUAGAGAAAUCUGGCAGAUACUCAAAUACAAGUUUCCUAUAUGAGAAUGUAGCUGGGCAAGUCAAAUCCAUUCCUCCAGUAACUCUGAAAGAUUCAAGUAGCAGUCUGGAAUAUGUAAAGAAUCCCAGCAUAGUGAUCCCGCCCAUUGGACAGAAUUGUUCUACCAUGUCAUCCAGUAUCAGUGGCACUGGGACAAAAUUGGGAACCCAUAACUACAGGAGUGAUGAGAAGACCAAAAUAUAUUUCAAUCCAUUCAUAAAGCAAGGCAAAAAAUCACCACUAGGAUAUUAUAGCGUGAACCUGGCAGCAUCGAUCUCAAAUGAAAACAAUGUCCUUCAGACAAACAAGAAAAGGUGGGAGUUUUCCAGAACAGACAUGCGUUUGCCAGAGCUGAACUAUAGCCAUCUCCCUGAACUCAAAGGUGUAGACGCUCGGAAUUCCAGAUUUUUGAAGAAAGAAAAUAAAAUUGUUUCAGAAUCUCGCAUGCCGUCUCUUGCCACAAUAGAUCUUCAAAACCCAAGCCUGGCCCUGCACCAGAUAUCUGGAACCUCCUUGCAAGAUGCUACAGAAGCCACUUUCCCUCGAGUAGAACACUAGUAACCUGUAGGAUUGAACCUGUUCGCUCCAGCAAACAUCUGCAGCACUUCUACACCCCUGUUGCCUUUUGGAUGUUCAGGCACUGUUCUUUUCGUGGUUCUGCUUGGAGACUGGGUGUGGACAAGUAUUUUUGAUAGGUUCUGGGUAAAGACAGUAAAAAGAAACAAUUUUUUUAGUUACUCCAUAGUUGCCAAGGUGCUAAGACUGUAGCUUCCUUUAUACCAUGUUAUAUAUCAUGUUGUUAUAAAAAAAUUGUUUCAGUGAGCCUAGGGGCUUUUGACUGAUGAAAUGCAUUAGAAGGUGAUGCGGGAGAGAUUCUCUACAAGGGAAGAUACCAACCAAGAGUGAUUCAAGCUUUUAAGAGUUGCUACUACUCACACUCUUUUGUGAAGGACAGACUACAACAUCUUUUCUUUUCAUAAUCCUAAUGCAAAAGUGAAUCUAUCCCAAAAUUUGAACAACUUGGUUAACACUUUCCAUCAAAGUUUGGAGAAGUUCCUAUUUUGGAUUACUGCUUCUAGAUAGGAUGAUCAGUGCCUGUGGGAAUUUGGAAGUUGUAGUUCUUAAAAUUAGCUUUUCCACUCUCACCUUUCUUAGAGAGUGUUUAUUGCAUGUAAGCAUUCUCAAACACGAAGUAGAAAUGCAUGUUUGUGCUGAUCCGACUGACCUUUUCUCCUUCACACAUCUUUAUUGUACUGUACAUAUAUUUCUGCUUUAAAUUUCCCAUUCUAAAAAUUCAAAUCAAAAUUCAUAAGAAUCCAGAGGUAUUAAAAUGAUGCACUGUCAUCACAUCAUUUGAGAGAGGUAGGUUACAUUGAGGGUAUUUUACAAUGAAAGCAUGAAUUGGGUUAAUAAUUACUCCUCUCCAAGGAACUAUCUCUAUGAUGGAAGCUAAUGAUUUCUUAACAGAUAUUUCUCUGCACUCUCACCAAGCUACAGUUCUCAGAAUUCUUAGUGGAUGUUUCACAUCAUUAAUAGUGUAGGCUUAGCACAGAGUUAAUUUGGUUUCAUAGUCUUUCCUACUCUACAAUGCAUCCUUGGAAAAGAUGCAAUAUGCCAUGACAUGCCAGGGGAGCAGUACUGAGGAUGGCUAUUGUUUUUAUGCACUGUUUGUGCUUAGGAGACAGCAUACUGGAUUUAGAUCAGGGGUGAAUUUGUUCAUCCUUCCAGAUGGUUUGAACUGCACCUCAGUAUUCCUUACCAUUGCCAGUGCUGGUUAGGGCUGAUGUUAGUUGUAGUCCAAUAACAUCUGGGGGACUGUGCUUAGCUCACCCUUGAUUUAGAUGGAACUUUGGUUUCAUCCAGUAAAGUUCAGCCUUAUGACACUUGAACUGAUCUGGUAACCAUUAUUUCGUGUGCAGGGUAGAUACACCCAUCAAGGCUGGAUAACAUGAUUACUUAGUUUUUAUUGUUCUUGUGAAUCCCUCGUUUAUCAUAAAAAGAGAAAGGAUUCUUUUGACACUUAUGCGACUGACCAUUUUUUCCAGUAUGAGCUGUUUCAGAUAAUGACCCACUUCUUAACACGCAGUUUUCAGAAAUUGCAAUCUUCAGGAAUGGAGUGGGCCAUAAUCCCACAAGGUCUUAUGCUAAAAUAAACUGGUUAGUCUUAAAAGUGCCAGAAGACUCUGCUCUGAGACAAGCAUGGUUAUCUCUUUGAUAGUUUUAUUUAACCCUCAUCGGUGAUGGCUCACAGGUGUGAUAGCUGUGACAGAUUUCCUCCAUGCCAUGGUCCUUGGGUCCACAUGAGCCAAAGUAAGAUAUAUAUACAGGAUUGUUGUUAAAUAUGUGAGCGUAUAUACAGUCUUGUGUAGUAGUGUAUAUGUCUGUUUCUGUUUUUGUCUUCAUGCAGUCAACAGUAUGCAUCCAGGAAGAGCUGUGUAGGUGAAAUCCAGGAGCACCACCAUAUUUGUGGGUUGGACCUUGCUUUUCAUUUUUCCUUUGCUCAUACUUGGUCCAUAGCUCUAUCAUGAUGGCAUUUUUGUGGUGGUGAUUUUAACACUGAUAGUUUUGUGCAAAAGUACUUGUCUAUUCUUCCCCUCCUGCAGAUAAUAAUAACUGAUCAUAGGAUUUUCUAAACAGCUUUUUACAUCACAAAACCUUACUCUUGGUGUUGGAAAUGUCUAAAUACAUAUGCUAAACAUGUGUUUACCUUUAUAGCUUGAAUUUCAUGGCAUAUCUAAAUUCUGAGCACUGUUAAUGUUUUUACUAUAUAGAUAUGUAAAGCAUCAUAUUAUACAUUAUUGUCACUUUAAUGAUAACAAUGAUUGCACUUGUAUGCAUAGAUAUUUGUUGUUGUUAUGUGCCUUCAAGUUGUUUCUGACUCAUGGUGAUCCUAAGGCAUUUUCAUAGCAAGAUUUGUUCAG